GAUGGUUAUUAAUCAAAAAUAUGGUUUAAUGAAAAAAGAAAACAUGUGGAAAUUAUUGUCAGGUAGAUAUGUGGAAGAGGAAAUGUAUAACAUUGGACAAACAUUAAUUUAUGAAAAUAUGAUCCAUUCAUUCAUUCUUGAUAUCAAUGAUGACAUUAUCAAAAAUCACUUUACUGAAAUUGAAAUCAAUGAAUUGAUGGAUGCAUCUAGACCAAAAGUUAAAGAUUUAUCUACUGAGGUACAAGAGUAUAUAGAGGAUAUAUAUAAAAAGUUGUCUAAUUUAAAAGACAUGAGAGAUUUCAUCAAUAAAACUGAUGAAAGAUUGGGUAAAGAUUACGAAAAAGAAAAUCACCAUGAUAUAGACUAUAUCAGAUUCGCAUUAUACACAAUGAUCCAAGAAGUAGAGAGUUGUGGUUUAAAAAAUGCCAAUUUAGAAUCAUGGUAUAACUGCCAUGUGUGGUCACCAAUCAUAGACCAAGGAUUUGGCAAUUUAAAGGGAGUUUCAGUUGUUCGUGGCGAAAGUGUUAGUAUUGCUAUGUCUGUGGCAAAAAACAUGGGUAGG